ACACCUAACUUCCGGCCACUCUCUCUCUCUCUUUUCUCAAUCAGCCACCUCUAUCAAUCUCGCCUUCAUUCCCACACACACACACACACACACACACACACCAAACCGGGUUCAGUGUCAGUGUGUGAACCGUGUAAACCCUCCCGUCGGGAUUUGGACUCCGUUUUACUGGAUUAGAAAGCACGGUGUGCAUCCGUUUUGCUUUGCGGCUCCGCCCGGUGUGCGGCGCGGACUGACUGCUCACAUCUGAGAGUUUUAUUGACCGACAGCGGCGGGAGAGGACUGGUGUUACCCCACACAGGACAAAGAAAACGGGGGGGACAUUGAGGAAAAAGGAUAAGAGUGGAAAAAGAGAGGGAUGAAAAUGAAGAACUGUCUCCUCACACUCGUCUUUGCUCUUUUAAUGCUCGAUGGGUGCUCGGCCCGGGUGGUGAUGGUGUCUCCCGGUCCGUUAAUUCGGGUGCAGGAUCAGCCGGUCUCAAUCAGAUGUGAUGUCAAAGAAUAUAUGGGACCUCGUGAGCAGGAUUUCGAGUGGCAGAUGUCCAGGGACCAGAGCAGCAAGCCGACAAAGAUAAUCUCCACCUUUGACGCAAGCUACUCCGACGCGUCGCUCAGCAAACGCGUCGCGUCCGGCGACAUCUCGGUGCUGCGGCUCCAGGACAACGAGGUGGAGCUGAAGAUAGCGGAGGUGAAGGAGACGGACGCCGGUUUCUACUUGUGCUCAACGCCGAGUACCGACUCCGUCAUCAGCGGCAACUACGACGCUCAGGUCCAACUCACUGUCAUCCCCAACACCCUCAGUGUCUCCCCCCAGCCCCUAAUCCCAGUCGUGCCAGAAGGAAGUGACAUCACCCUGUCCUGCAACGUCACCCGGCAACUCACCCACCCCACCUAUCUGUCCGUCACCUGGUCGGUGAAGAAGGGAGGAACAUUGGAGGACAUUUUGACGUUCGGCCCUCAGGGAGAGGUGGUCGCGGGGCCCAAGUUCGCCCGGCGCUACGCCGACGGAGGCAUCCGAUUGGUUCCUGGGAGGAAUGGAUUGUUUGAGUUGGUGAUUACCAGAGUGACGUCUUCCGAUGAAGGGGCUUAUGAAUGCAAUGGAACUGAAUGGACGCAUGAAAACGGAGGGAAAUGGAUAAAAAUCGUUGAGAGUAAAAAGGAGAUGGGGACUGUAACUGUUACUCCUACAGGUCAGUCCCUCAGUGUGACGGCUUCAUCCUCCUCCUCUCCCUCCUCCACGUCUCUGCUCCUCUCCCCCGGUAACGCGCUGACCCUCCUCUGCUCCGUCACCGCCAGCAACCUGCCCGCCCUGGCCCUGGAAGUGACCUGGCUGGCGGACGGCCGCGAUAUCAUCACCAUGGAGCGCAGCGGGGUGGUGAUCUCGAACACGUCCUCGAGCGGAGCGCAAGGGAAGCGAGGGGAGGCGAGUCUGGAGCGGACGGGAGCCGGAGAAUACAAGCUGGGGGUGAAGGGGGUGAGCGGGGAGGACGGAGGGGCGUACGCCUGCCGUAUCCGAGCCUUCAUCGAGAAAGGAGGAAGGAGCGCGGGAGGUGGAGGGAGGUGGCACAUGGCAGCUGAGAAAAUGUCCGCCCCUGUGACGGUGAAGGUGUCGCAGAUCAAACCAAACUUCACGCUGAACCUCGAAACUGUCCUAAAUCCCAAGAUGACCGCUGAACCCACAGAGCUGGCAUGUCAUGUGACCAACAUUACACAUUUACCCCUGGGAGGCCGACUGGGUGUCACCUGGGAGCACACCACAAUUCCUGGUAUAGGGGACGAUCCUCAGGCCUCAAAUCUCAUUGGCUCCCUUGACGGCAAUGGCAACCUGUUGCCUGGCACGAUGUAUUCUGACAGGCUGAAGAGCGGCGUGUUGUCCCUGACCAGAGUCCAGCCCAACACAUUCAAACUGCGAUUCCUCCGCACAGAGGAGUUCGACAUGGGCCAGUACGUUUGCACUGUGUCUGCUUGGAGUGUUAACAGCCAGGGGGACUUGGUGAAGACCGCUGAGCACCAGAGCUCCCCGCAGACAGUACAGUGGGUUACCAAACGUCCCUCCCUAAACGUCGUGGCCAAGCACAUCCGGGAAGCCUCGGUAGGCGGGGCUACCUUUGAGAUGAGCUGCACCGUGACCACCGAGAACCUCGGGGAGGUGGGCUACUCGGUGCUCAUCCAAUCACAGGACAGCGUGGCGAGCAGCGUGAGAACCAUCAUGACUCUCAGCCCUGACAACGUCCUGCAGCAUGGAGGAGCCACCGACCCCAACAGGAGAGACAGUCUGGUUCUGACCAAGUCUGGCCCGACAGAGUUUCGGUUUCGCCUUGCUGGCGUCCAGUUGUCUGACAGGGGUUUCUACUGGUGCGACAUCACCGCGUGGACUAAACAGCAGCCGGGGCAAGCCUGGACCAGAGCCACCAGCGCAGAGUCUAACAAAGUCAGGAUAGACUUUCAAGAAAAUGGCCCGUCCUUCUCCAUCGCCAUCCAUUCAGACGUCAGCAGCGUUUAUCCAUGGGAAACAGCCAAGAUGGAGUGCUCGCUCAGCGUCUCUGGAUCCUCACCAAAGACUGAUGACCUGGCGUACGAGGUGCGUUGGCUUUUCACCCGGCUGCGCGGUGGCGAGACAACGACCCAGGUGGCAAGCGUGGACCGCUUCGGCGUUGUGAGGAAAGACGCCCGUAACUCAUCCAGUGACAUCUCAAUAGAGCGCAAAGACACACACAUCUACCUGCUGAACAUUCACGGCACUCAGGACAGUGACAGUGGGGAGUAUCACUGCAUUGCCACUCCCUGGUACCUGUCAGCCUCAACAGGAGCCUGGACUGAAGCUGGAGAGCUGACAUCAUCUCGAGUCUUCCUCACAGUCCGGUUUGCUGUGUGGGAUUCCCUAAAGUUGCCUCUCUUAUAUGGUGUUGCAGCCUCAAUAGGUGUGGGCCUCUUCUCUCUGGUCCUGGGUCUGGUUUGCGCCCAGUGCUGCUGCCGCAACACCACGCACACUCCACGCUCACGCAACAAACUGAUGGACCUGGAGAUGGACUGACAAACAGCUUCCCCCGCACCCACACACUGCAGCGCUCACAGGAAACACCUCACACACAACAGACACACGCCCAUAGACGAUUUCUGGGACACCCAGCUCUUUCCAGGUGACGGACGUUGGGAGUAAAAUGACGUAUCGCUUUGGAAACGCAAGCUAGUCGAUCACAGCGCUUCAAGAGGUGCCCGGGGUUUCUCAGCUCUGCAGUGGUGGAGCAGGGGACUUUUUUUUCAUGGGGGAAAUAGCCUUUGAGACUUCAAUUUACUCUGAAGAUCCAUUGAAAUCUGUGGCGCUUCCAGUGAUUUUUACACAGAUUUAUUUGCUCCCUGUUAAUGCCAUAGCACUACCAGAAACUCUGAAGAAUCCAGAGUUAUGUUUUUUAGGAACAGGAGGCUUCUGAGACAUCACUGCCACAUGGGAAUAAAGGACAGAUCUGCUGCCUCUGUAACCACCAGGGAUAACUAAUGAAGCGCCCAGACUGGACUACAAUUGUUUUUCUUCUGAUGCCAUGGCUCGCUGCAAAGCACAACCACUCUGUUGUCGAUAGUAAUUGAGUCUCUCUGAGUAACGGCACACCAGCACAACAACGAAAAGUUCUAGGAGUGGUUGGGGUCUGGUUGAACAUUGUGUCUGCACCUCGGCAAAUCCCUGUUAAGUCACACAGCUAAUGUUAUUUUGCAUUUGCAGAGUGUCGGUUUAGGCAGCCUGAGCCUUAUUUAGAGUGUUCACACCGGCAGCAGAAGUCCUAGAGAAAGAAAGUGCUCCGCGUGCUUUCCACACGAGAGGUAUUGCACUAGAACUACCACCCCAGAGUAUUCCUACCUUAACAAAAGGACAAAAUUUACCUUUAUUCUCAACUCUAGUUUUAUUAAAAUUGAGAGAUUUUAAAAAUGAGAGACAUUUUUAAGCUUUACAAGGAGAUAUGCAGUUUGUUUGUGUGUGAGAUACUGUACGUGGUGCCAAUAUUUGAACUAACGGACGUGUGCUUGGUUCUAUAUCGCCAGAUCAACACUUGAACAGCCACUUAAAGUGGUGACAGCAAGCACUCUUCUUUUUCUAAAUAUUCAGAAAUGUAUCCAGCUGUUAUUUUAGUGUGUGUUACCGUGCGAGUGCUGUGCUACAGUGUGUGAGACAAAGAGUUGUACUGAGCAUGUACUGUUUUAAUGAUGACCGACUGAUGUCGUUCCUGAGCAACACAAAGCCUUUUCCAGGGUUACAUUUUGAUGACAUCAAACAACCAGAUUUUUUUUUAAACCUAGCUCUCACUCCACUAAUGUAGACUCUCAUGUGUUCACGCUGCAAGCAACAUGACUGUUUAUAAAAGAGUGUGGGCGGUGCAAGAAAGUCAAUUACUUCCACGGUUUGCAGCUGCGAUGUUUUGAACAGGGAAAUCAUGCAUGUUUCUCAGUUUCAGUUUUGCUUUUGAAAGGAAUAGUCAAACAUUUUGGGAAAUACCUUUUAUUUUCUUUAUUUUCUUUAGCCUAGCUUAGCAUAAAGACUGGAAGCAAAGGGAAACAGCGGGUCUGGUUCUGUCCAAAGCGAAUAAAAAAAUGCCUAUCAGUACCUCUAAACUAAUUAACAUGUUGCAAAAUGGCGUUCAAACAGACAUGAUUUGCCAGGGAAGUUUGUGAGCUGAAGCGCAAGCGAGCAUUUCAAUUUAGUUGGGUGGCGAAACUCCAACUAUGUGUUGUGUAGUUUGUCGCAAGUUUGAGAGCAGGGCGAAUAAAACGGGAUCGUCCCAAAAGCGUUGCGGGAGCGUCAUAAGAGCCACCAACAUCUUACAUCUUACUCGCCAAGUUUAAAAAAACAUUAACUUUGAACCCCAAAAUGAUCGUUUUUCCAUUACUGUUUGUGUACAGAAUAAACAAACAGGAUACGAUGCGUAAGUUAGCGCUCAUUAGAGGUGCUUGGAGGCUAGCUGUUUCUCCGCGCUUACAGUUUUUAUGCUAAGCUAACCAUGCUCUGACUCCAGCUUUGUACUAACACACAGACAUGAGAUUGACGUCAAUCUAACUCUCAAAGAGAACGCAAAUAAGUUCAUUCCCCAAAAGGUUUAACUGUUCCUUUAAACGUCACAUGACUUCAGUGAGUCCAAGGGGCAGUCUAACGUUUUGGGAAAUCCUCAUUUGCCAUCUUACCCAGACUCAGAGGAGACUGUUGAUAUCAGUUCCAUCUCCGUAUUCGUGGUUAGCCUAGCCCCAUCAAACAUUAAACAAUUAGCCUUGAAAGAAAUGAUGUACACAUUUUUACUGAAGCCAUAUAAAGCCUUAUAGGAAUCCCUCCUCUCACUUCCACUCAUUUUACAUCACGCAACAUGUGCCAUCACGUUUGGUUGAGCUAAGUAUACUGUAUUUCUCAAAAUGUCAAACUGUUCCUUAGGCAUUGCUAAGUAACCUUUCAGUCCAGUGUCAGAGAUUUCGACCCCCAGAUACAACCCUUUCCCAAAUCCCUAGAGUUUUUUUAUCUCUGCUUAUCAGAGAAACGUUGUAAAAACCAGUUUACCUUGCUCUCAACAGACCAAACUGAAAAUCAUAUGUGUAGGACAAAAACAUCACCUGCCCAGCUUGUAUCAGCUGACAUCUGUUGAGUCUCUGUGGUGUUUUUUAUAAAUGAAUGAAUUGUGACUGUCGUGUCAUGUAGACUGCAGUGUGAACACACACUCACAGUUGCAGCAACAACACACACAAAGUGGAGAAGUUUCUGUCUAGACCCAGCAGGUCCCAGGCAGACCUGUUGGGUUUGUAAUAGGAUGUGCCAGGCUGUGUUUUAAAUAGUUUUUAAAAGGUAUUUUAAGCAACUAUCAGAAGUUUAUGAGCAAUACCAGGAUACAGUCAGGUCACAGCUGAUGUAAAGCUGCGCUCAUCACACGUUUCACCUUCAGUCAGAGCUAAAAUGUGCCAAGAGAAAGCUUAUGACAGCUGAUUGUUGAUUGGAUGUUUCAUAUUCAGACAAUGUAGUAUAUUUGUUACUUUGGUUUUUCCGUUUCAAAAUCAGAAAAAUGAAGAAGAAAAAAACAAAACAAGUUCCUUCAAAGUUUCUUUGUUUUAUUUGUGUGUGUUGUUUUGUUGGUGCUGCUCUUCUCCGGGUAUCCUCAGGGUGCGCUGCCCCGAACACUUCUUUGCUUCAUUUGGACCCAGACCCACCUCCGGAGCUGGACCGGUACCUGCUACCGGUGACAGUCCCCAUGCCUCUGAAACCAAGUAGCCCUGGCUGCAUUGAUCAUUUUUCCAAGCACAGUGUGUCAGGAAGGAUAACUCUGCAGCAGGCCCUCCCUGCAGCCUCUGAGCCCAGAGACACGCUGGCUGCUCUGGAGGAGAGACCCUGAGCAGCAGUAGGUGUGUGUAGAGAGGCAGCCAACCCACCCUGCGGACACCCGGAGAGGGGCAGCACAAACAAAUUAACACCCAAAAAAAAAGUCUUUUUUUAAAACAGAAAAUGGAAAAACCAAAGAACAACAAACACUACAUGGAUUUAUCUAUCACCCCCUCAGCUCAGACUGGGUGGUACAGAACCUCAGAUUUGGCCUUGUCAGAAUGCAAUGCCCAAAUACUCUAGGGGUUUAUUUCAUAGUUGCAGAAAUGUACAACACAUAAACAAUUUUAACCAAAUUUGAGUGCAGUUAGCUGAAAGUUUCAUCAAGUAAAAGAAAAACUCAGAUAGCAGAGGGUCUGUAGAUAAGUGCUGCUGUUCUGUUUCUUCAGUCAGGUUGAGCGUAGACUCCGCUUUGAGCACAGAGCUCCACAGGUGUGUGUUUCUCCCUGUGAUAGUGCUGUUGCAGUAUUGAAAAUAGGUUUUGCCACUAUCAUUAACACGUACACACACACACACAUGCACACACACAUUGCUUGAGCUCACAGGUGAAUAAUAGGGCUCUGUGCCAAAUGCUCUUAACAGUAAUCAACACACAUAAGUAGCAUUGAUACAUACCACUGAAUACGUCACUGCAAGACUUCCCCAGUGUCCUUUUGUUUUGUCAUUUUAUUGCAAUGAUUAUGAUGAAUCAUGAUGUUUUUUAAAUAAAUAGAUUUGUAAGAUGUAUUCAUUUUGUAAAUGAAUUUAUAUGUUCUCUUUUAUUGUUUUGCUUUUCUUUUUUUUUUUUUUAGUCAAUGAUGAUGGCAGUUUUUGAUAUUAUAACAAGCAAGCAAAGCAAAUGACUGUCAGAGUUGUAACUGAUUAUUACUGCUCAGACAAACCAACAGAAACAGUCCAGGUGCGGUCAUCCCUCUUUAUGUAACAAAGAAAUUAUUUCACACAAGAAUAGACAAAAGAUUUUAACUCCCACAACUUGUUUGCAUUUCUGUUUGUGUAAAAUGUUUUAAAGAGAUAUCCAGUGUUAGUUGGUGAGCUUUUUCUCUCAGAGAGAAAGCAAAUAAGUGCUGUUCCCGAAAUGUCAAAUUGAAAAUUAAAUUUUUCCCACUUUUUCUAUCAGGAAAUAUAAACUACAA